AUGACAAUAAUUACUUUCCAAAUAGGAAAUAAACCAAUAACCACAACAUAUAAAACAAUCAGAAAUGAUAUGGAAAAGAUUCUUAAUGAGAUGAUCGGAAUAAAUGAUAAAGAUGUGGAGGAGUUUUAUCAGAGAGAAAUGAAUAUCAUGAAAGAAAUUGGAACAAAAAUCAAAGAAACAGAGAAAGGAUAUGAAUAUUUGAUAAAACAAGUUGAAUUAAUAGAAGAUGCACAUUACAAUAUCAUCACAAAAUGCUAUGAUGAUAAAUAUCAGUUAAAUGAACAAGGAAAGAGAAGUAUUGAAAGUAUCAAGAAAUGUUACAGUGACAUUAUCAGUACAAUGAUAAUAUAUUGCAUCCACAUUGACUACAUCAUCGAAAAUCUUUAA